CGCGUGUGCAGAAAGCAGAUACAGCACCAGCACCACCAACGGCACCAACUCACACCGAACACCUCCCUUCGUUCGUAGAGAAUUCAGGCGUGGGGAAGCGUGAAAGAGAAGCACGAAGAGCCAGCCCGCAGCCGGGACCCGGCGGGCGGAUUCAAGGACGAGCACAACAACAACCAGUGACUGCAAUUCAACAGCAGCAGGCAGUAACAACAACAACGACAACCACAGCCACAGCAUCAACAACAACAACCACCUCCCCGCCUCCAUUUCCCGUACACACCCAACGCUACAGCGCACACAAAGGUACGAGCUACAUCACACGAUCACGCCAGUCCUCGCUACGGCGGAAGAAGAAGAAAGAGCGGAAGAAACAUGCCUGGGCCGGGGGGUGGGGGUGGGUUCGGUGGCGGUUUUGGAGGCGGGGGGCCCGGUGGCUUUGGGGGGGGACCGGGGGGGUUCGGCGGGCCUGGAAGGGGGUUCGGCGGGCCUGGGUGGGGCUUCGGAGGCCCUGGAUUUUUCGGCCGUGGAUGGCCAUUCAUCUGGGGCGGCCCAGCGAUGGGACCGUGGGGAUUGCCAUGGUUCUGCUGGCCGAUCUUCGUGCUCCUGAUCCCGUACGUGAUCUUGGUGACGAUCGGGGUCAUGGUGAUCCAGUACGCCCUCCCGUGGUGCACGACGGAAACUGCUGGCGGCCGCGUAACGACGGACGAGAGUGAGUGCGCCGGGUACGAAGCCGCGUGGGCGCUCGUCUUGGCUAUCGUGAUGGGCAUCAUUUUCUGCUGCUGCUUCUGUGGUGUAAGGAAGGAAGACGGCACACAAGCGGAGCAAGCCCCCAUCCUUGCCACGGAAGCACCUCCACCGGCACAGGCCUACGCGGUAGAGGCGUCUGCCCCCUACACGACGAAGAAUACCGUCAGCUCGUACGCGGACAGGAGCACGUGACAGGACUACCGGAUGAACGGAAGGAAGAAACAGAACGGAGGUUAAUAAUCAACGCACAACCCCCUCAAACGCCUCUUGGACCUUUCGCCCGCGUCCAAGCCCCCUCGCACCCAACCUGCUGCAAGACAUCCUUGGCGUUCCAUUUAUUUUUCCGCCGUUUUCUUUAUAUCGACUCUUCUACGUGAGGGUGUGCGAUAUAUAUAUAUAUAUACUUCAAGUAUAUAUUUUCUAAUUUCGCAUAUUUUUUUCUUUUCUCUGUUUCUUUGUUUAAUUUGUACGUCGUGGCUUCCGUGGGCGUCAGGAGACAACUACAGGUACCUGUGUGUUGCGUCGGUGGUGUUGUAUACGUAGCAGCACCGGUCUUCAGCAUCCCUGCCCGAGUUUUCCAAUGUUUUUUUGUGGAAGGGGGCGCCGGGGGGGAAACUCUCUCUUUUUUUAUGGAUUCUUGCUGAGUCUAUUCCGCCUCUGUUGGCUCCCGGAUUCUUCGUUGUAUUUUGGUGACGGGGGGCGCGCGGGGGGGUACUUUUUUGAUUGUUGUGCACUCACCGCUUGCAUUUUGUGUCGGGUGCUUCUCGGCUAGUGAGAGCUGGGGGUUCCGGGCAUGGUUGGGUGGCUUGCUUCCAGGGAAAUAACCCCUGUCGCGUGCGCGUAUGAGUACGACCGUAGCACGAAUAUUUUCGUUUGUCGGAGAGAGCGAUGUGCCCAGCGUGUAGGGUGGAGGUUCGAUGUCCGUCAUUCCUGUCUGAUCAACCUAGAUUGGGACGUUACUAUCACGUGUUGUAUGCUCUAUUUACACAUUAACGGCACUUUUAUGGGCAAAUCAUUUUCCUUUCGUCAAUGACUUACUUGCGACGACGGUGCACCGAUGGCAUGCGGUAUUUGUAAGGUUGUUCAGACUCGAACGUUUUGUUUUUCUGUCAAGUUGGAGGUGCGACUUGCCUUGCCUUUCUUCAUUUCCCGUUUAUUGUUGAACCGAUCUUGCAUUUUCACAACUAAACCAUGCGUGCAAGCCGCUAGUUGUAAAUGUUUAGAGUCCAGGAGGGCGAUCGUUCGACCCUUGGCUCCAGCGUCAUCACCGAAGGGCAUAUUUUCGCGGUGAUUCCCACCGGUAGAGUCGACAAGCCCAAAGCCAGCGUGUAUCGUUGGCGUGGAGCAAACAGCGACACGCCUGCCAGCUUGCUCGUCGAUCCGGAACGAGUGGGAGAGGGAGUACUUGAUUGUCUUCCAGUCGGUGGCAGGGGCACCCUUGGUGAAAUUCCGCUGGCACCCACAUUCCCUUGAUUCUCUUGUUUCGUUUGUUGUGUUGUUUUCCGUCGUCACACUUGCCCGCUUCCCCUGUUGGAAACGUGAACGUCCUACCACUGUUGUAGGUACAGUGGCGCGGCCCGCUCUUAAGAAACCCUUGUCGUGAGCAAGGCUCAGUCCCUUGUUGCCGCAGCAAUGGGACCUGACCCCCUGUUUUUGACAGA